AAAAGAAAUCCCCACAAAGUGACCUAACUUUGCAUUUUCUCUCUCUCUAAUCCCAAUCCCAACCCCAAUCUCAUCUCCCCGUACAGUCCACUAAUCCAAACUCUCCUCCCACGCCACUGGCGCCCACGCGCCACCACCUAAGACAAUAAAAUAGCACACUUGUCCCUGGCGGACCGAGAGCAGCAAAAACACUUGGGGAUGGCUAGGCAGGAGAGAGAUCGGAGCGUGGGGGGACGUGGAGGAGAGUAAAAAUGGUAGAAACACUCACUCUCAAAGUAUAAGACCCCCAAAUCCCGGAAAAAUAAAACCAUAAAAAUCAUAAGAAAAGCAUCAGCAACAGUCCCCCUUAAUAAAAGCUGAAAAGAAGAAAACAAGAUCCACCUCGAACCUCUCUCCACCCCCCUCCCCCCCAUCCCCCACCAUUUCCACACCUCUGCCUCUUCUCGCUUCCCUGGAUAUCGAGGGAAGAAAUAUAGCUUACUCUUCUCUGUCUAUCUCUCCACUACAAUUCCUUCUUCUUGUUUUCUCUUCCAAUCACCCGUGUUCUCGGUGUUGUUUUUACUUCGUAUUUUUCUUCAUUUUUGUGUCCAUCUUGGUGGUCCUCGUGUCGUUUCCUAAAAUUAUCCCCAAAUUCAGUGAGGAAUAGUGAAUUGGGGUUGGGGAAUAAUGAGAGAGGAGGAGUCUAAUUGGUUUUCCCGAUGGGAAGAGGAGCUUCCCUCUCCGGAGGAGUUGAUGCCGCUCUCUCAAACCCUAAUCACCCCUGAUCUUGCCUUGGCCUUUGAUAUCCGAAACCCCAACAGCCCCCAAGCCCCACCUCCGCCUCUACCCACACCCCAGGUGGCUCCCCCUCCUCCCUCCCAGCCCAACUCUGCCCCCGAAUUUGAUUCCGGCGAUUUGGGGUCCGGGGCUGCCGGCGACGAGCCCGCUCGCACCCUGAAGCGGCCGCGCCUCGUGUGGACGCCCCAGCUGCACAAGAGAUUUGUGGACGCUGUGGCCCACUUGGGGAUCAAGAAUGCGGUCCCUAAGACCAUAAUGCAGCUCAUGAGUGUUGAUGGGUUGACUCGGGAGAAUGUGGCCAGUCACCUCCAGAAGUAUCGCCUCUACCUCAAACGCAUGCAGGGACUAUCUGCCGGCGGGGGCGGUGGCGGGGGAGGUGGGGGCGCCGGAGGUGGUGCGGGUUUGGCCGCCGCUGAUCCGGCCACCGACCAUUUGUUUGCGAGCUCUCCGGUGCCUCCCCAUUUCUUGCAUCCAGGGCGGGCCAGUUCUGAACAUUUCUUGCCUUUUGUUCCGGUGGCUGCGUUGCAGCAGCACCAUCAUCACCACCAGCAGAUGGCAGUGGCGGCCGCAGCUGUGGCAGCUCAUCCACAGCUGCAGACUCAGUACCAUCACCACAGGCAGGUGGGACAUUUCGGGUCCCCUCCAAAUGGGCAAUUUGAGCAUCCCUUUCUGCCGAGGCAGUCACAGCCUGUUCACAGGAUGGGGGCACCAGUGCACAGUCCGGUACCAGCUUAUGUGGAGGACCUGGAAUCGGCUACAGCAACUGGAGGGAGAAGGGUGCUAACUCUUUUUCCAACUGGGGAUGAUUGAAUUGAAUUUGGGAGAUUUUGUUAUUGGUGGUAACUGGUAAGUGGUGGUGGCAAUGGUGGCUGAAGCAACAAAUUGACUAAAUUUUGAGCUUGCAGGUAAUGGUAAAUACUUGGUCAUGAGUGCUAUUUAUGUUCUCUAGAUAUCCAAAAUUGGGAUUAGUGUCCAAGCCCGGCACCUUUGAUCCAAGUUUCUUGGCAAUUUCCUGGAAUCUCCUGCAUUGGUAUUUAGGUCUUGGUGUUUGUUAGUUUAGUGUUACUUAGAGGUGAGUUGUACUUGUUGUACAUUGUGUGAUUCAAUAGAAGACUUAAACCCCAAUAUUAGGGGGAUCUUUUUCAGAAACAGAUUCUAAUGCUAUUAGAAUGUUUAAUUUAUUUUAA